AUGCAGACUUCCUCGACACUCGAACGACUCACCUCCACAAUGCAUGUUGCAAAGGUCUUCGUCACAGCAGCCACGCCGGAUGGCUUCGUGUACCACCGAAGCGUCAGCGACAUGUUCCGCCCCCAGCCAGAUUCAAGCAUGAAUUCAGCUACCGUCCUUGAGACUGAGUUUUCGGCACUGGGAUUCUCAAAUCUCGUGCGCUGCCUGUCAUCGGGGCCCCUUGAUGCCGACCUUAGCUCCGGUGUGUCACGGCCCAGCCCAAAGCAGGUUCUUGACCUCGUCCUCCUGCCUCUUUGCAGAGAGUUUGGAGUGCCACUGUCGCUGCGCAUGGGGACUGCCCGGGCUGUCGCUCCGUCUCUGGGCCUUGCCGGCGAUGGUGUGGGCGCAGCCGAGCUUCGGUCAUUAGGACAUCUUUGCGAGGCUAACCCUCAGGUGAAGUUUCUCUUUACGGUUCUCAGCCGCACAGAUCAACACGAGGCGGCAGUUCUGGCCACGAAGUUCCGCAACCUCCACUUGUGGGGAUGCUGGUGGUACUGCAACUACCCGUCCGUGGUCUCAGAAGUCACGAGCCUUCGCCUGGAGAUGUUAGGCACGAAGUUCACAUUCCAGGCGAGCUCCGCUCGGGUACACGACCAGCUGAUCUACAAGUGGAUCCACGCGCGAUCCAUGCUGUCCAAGCUGCUCGUGCACAAGUACACCGAGUUGAUGGCCACCGGCUAUCGAGUCAGCCGUGGCGAUUUGCGCCGCGACGUCGGACGGCUGCUCGGCGGAUCUUUCGAAGAGUUCUUGCAGAAGAAGCUCUGA